GGGAGGACAAGGAAGCAAGAACCUCACCGACGAAUCGAAACCAAAAAAUUCCCGAUCUGGAAACAACUGACCUGUGAAGGUGAAGAGUAUCGGUGGAAAUGGCGGUGGCCUUCCGUGGAGGCCGGGGCGGCGUCGGAUCAGGCCAAUCUACCGGACUUCGUAGUUUCUUCUCUUACCGGAUCUUUAUCUCCGCUUUGUUCUCUUUUCUCUUCCUUGCCACCUUCUCCGUCGUUCUUAACUCUUCUCGUCAUCAACCUCAUCAGGAUCAUACAUUGCCGAGUAUGGGAAACGCGUAUAUGCAGAGGACGUUUUUGGCUUUGCAAUCGGAUCCAUUGAAAACAAGGUUGGAUCUGAUUCACAAGCAAGCCACUGAUCAUCUCACACUGGUGAAUGCGUAUGCUGCUUACGCUAGGAAGCUAAAGCUUGAUGCUUCCAAGCAGCUUAAGCUGUUUGAAGAUUUGGCUAUCAACUUCUCGGAUUUGCAGUCGAAACCUGGUUUGAAAUCUGCCGUCUCUGAUAGUGGUAAUGCUCUUGAGGAGGAUUCGUUUAGGCAGCUUGAGAAAGAAGUGAAAGAUAAGGUGAAGACUGCGAGGAUGAUGAUCGUUGAGUCUAAAGAGAGUUAUGAUACUCAGCUUAAAAUCCAGAAGUUGAAAGAUACAAUCUUUGCUGUCCAAGAACAGUUGACAAAGGCUAAGAAAAACGGCGCUGUUGCUAGCUUGAUUUCAGCCAAGUCGGUUCCUAAAAGUCUUCAUUGUUUGGCCAUGAGGCUUGUAGGAGAGAGGAUCUCUAAUCCUGAGAAGUACAAGGAUGCCCCACCUGACCCAGCCGCGGAGGAUCCAACUCUUUACCACUAUGCGAUUUUCUCUGACAAUGUGAUUGCUGUGUCUGUUGUGGUGAGAUCGGUUGUGAUGAACGCCGAGGAGCCAUGGAAGCAUGUCUUCCAUGUGGUGACUGAUCGGAUGAAUCUUGCAGCCAUGAAGGUCUGGUUUAAGAUGCGUCCUUUGGACCGUGGUGCCCAUGUUGAGAUCAAAUCCGUGGAGGAUUUCAAGUUCUUGAACUCUUCGUAUGCACCUGUCUUAAGGCAGCUCGAGUCUGCCAAGUUGCAGAAGUUUUACUUUGAGAAUCAAGCUGAGAACGCAACUAAAGAUUCCCAUAACCUCAAGUUCAAGAACCCGAAAUAUCUCUCAAUGUUGAACCAUCUCAGAUUUUACUUACCAGAGAUGUAUCCGAAGCUGAAUAAGAUCUUGUUCUUGGACGAUGAUGUUGUGGUGCAGAAAGAUGUGACUGGUUUAUGGAAAAUCAACUUGGAUGGCAAGGUGAAUGGAGCUGUUGAGACAUGCUUUGGCUCUUUUCAUCGAUAUGGUCAAUACCUAAACUUCAGCCACCCUUUGAUCAAAGGGAGCUUUAACCCCAAUGCUUGUGCUUGGGCCUUUGGAAUGAAUAUAUUCGACCUCAAUGCCUGGAGACGCGAGAAAUGCACCGAUCAAUACCAUUACUGGCAGAACUUGAAUGAAGACAGAACUCUCUGGAAAUUGGGAACUCUACCUCCGGGGUUGAUCACAUUCUAUUCAAAGACGAAAUCAUUGGACAAAUCAUGGCAUGUGCUUGGGUUAGGCUACAACCCGGGAGUGAGCAUGGACGAGAUCAGAAAUGCAGGAGUGAUUCAUUACAAUGGAAACAUGAAACCAUGGCUUGACAUUGCGAUGAACCAAUACAAGUCUCUCUGGACUAAAUAUGUUGAUAACGAAAUGGAGUUUGUGCAGAUGUGCAAUUUUGGUCUCUAAAGAGAGAGUGGCGGAAAAAAAAACCAAACCGGAAAGAGGAAAAAAUGCAGAGAAGAGGUAACCUCGGAUCGAUGUGUUGAAGUCUUUCUGGGCAUUCUUUAACUGAUGAUACGUUUAUCUUUAUAUAGGGUUACAAAAAAAGUAAUUUGCUUGU